GGGGAAAUCCCCUCUCUCGACCCAACUCGUUGUCAGGCUGGCUGACACAGCCAUGGCGUUCACCUUCGCGGCCUUCUGCUACAUGCUCACCUUGGUGUUGUGUGCCGCACUCAUCUUCUUCGUCAUCUGGCAGGUGAGCUGAGCUCACACACACUCACUCACCUUAACCAUGUUUAGAAACUCUGGGUGAUGGCAGUUAAACCAUGUUUCAGCUUUGUGACUCAUACCUGAAAUAAAGAAGUGGUUGAUCUGUAACUCAAGGCCAGACACUAAGGAAGACUCUAAGAAAUACCUAUAAUUCUGGGUGAAGACUACUUAACGCUAACUGUCGUCUAGCCAUUGGUUGGUGUGAAUGUGUGCCCACGUGCCCAUCUGUGACUCACUAUUUAUUUUAUUCAUUUCAGUACUGUAAGUGUCUCUCUCUCUCUAUCUCUCACUCUCUGUUGUUAUAAUAAGCGCAUGUAUGGCACCACAAACUGGAAGUUUACUAUUAAUAUGAGAUAGUGAAAUUUAAAUUUGUGUAGGAAUGGGGAGACAAUUAGAUGGAGAGAGAGAGAUAUGUGCAUUAAUGCAACCCUCAUCAUAAGGACCAGCCUACUGACCGCAGAAUUAUGAUAGGAAUUUGUACAGGCGUCACUGGAGACCUCUGCACAAUCAGUAUUCUACAUGUCUAAAGCCUCAGACACAGACUGCACAAAGGCCAGAGCCCAUCUCUCUCACCUAUAGCCUUCUGUCUAGGGAGACAUUGUUCAUUUGAAAUUCAACACACCAUUAUCAGAUCAUUACAAAAGACUGGUUUGAAAUGACUAAAGUAUUGACUACUAAAUUGACUAGCGGGUGAGACUGCGCUGCAUGUGAGUCAGUCAAUGUGUGAGUAUGUGUCUGUGUCUGUGGGAGAGAAGAGGAAGGGAAAAGGAGAGAGUGUCUGUGUCUGUGGGAGAAAGUGUAUGUAUGUGUCAGCAACAAACCAUGUUAUUGAGAAUGCUUAUCAAACUAUCAUUUUGUUCCACCCCUUACCCCCAUCUGCCUCCAUCCAUGGUUCGCGCCCCCCCCAUCUCUGUGUGGCUUUCAACCAAUGAGACGGCUUGUUCACUUCUAUAGUAACCAUGGUGCCCGCUAAGGGGCUCAUCAGAUCACUAUGGAAACUGCAUCUGUUUACUACAAAGAGGAGCGUGAAACAGAGAAUAGGGGGUUAGUGCUAUCUGGAAUCCUUGGGACGUCCCUACCCUAAACCCUAAACCCUAACCUUAACCCCUAGCCUAACCAUAACCCUUACUUAACCCUAACGCUUACCUUAACCAUUUUACAUUUCAACUUCAAUGGAGGGUAGGGGCGUUCCAAGGAUUCCGGAUAGCACGGACCGAGAAGAGCGAAUGAUGUAGAUCUAUAUAAGGGGGAAUGGUGUUGUUGAGAGUAAAAGACAGAUGUGGAGAGUUAGAUUGGUCUCUGAAAGGGAAAGAUGGAUGUCACAGGGAAGGAUUCUUAGAUGGAGAUCUAAGAAACAGAGAGAAACAGAGAAAGACUAAGGAUUUGAAAGAUAUAAAAGGAUGAAUGGAGGUAUGGGAAUGGCAAACUUAAAGCGGCAAUCAGCAGUUGAAACAAUAACAAAGCGAACUCCCUGCCCCUCGUUCGGUAAAAAGCUGAGGGAUGGGGCUGGAGAAAUGUAGCCACUCUCAAAUUCAAAAACAGAGCUAUGGAUGCAAGGACUGACCAAAAUUAUAGCUUUAACUAUGUUUUGAGGCUAUAUAGUGUUGGUUUACAUUUACUUUGUUUACAAACAUUGGAGUAAAACAAGCGUAUAUUUUGGGUUCUGAAGGGGUAGGACAGUUGAACUAAGCUCAUGAGGCAUUAUACAUUAUAUUCUUCAAGAAUCAAUGGGUACAUAUCAUUAAUUUAUAAGUCCAAAAAUGGAUGUAGAAACUUCAGAUUGCCUCUUUAAGAUGAUAAGAAAUCUUGUGAAAAGAGGCUAAAAGGGAUAUGAUUGGAAUUUAAUGAGAAUAACACAUUGUGGAUGUGAAAGAACACACGAUCCAUUUACGUUCAAUAUUAAUUUAGCUAUAUCCAAUGCAAAUGACAGAAAGUUUAACCAUAUACUUGUACAUGUGUUUUUAGAUUAUUGCGUUUGACGAGCUGUGCACAGACUUCAAGAACCCAAUCGAUCAGAGCAACCCCACCAGAGCGGUAAGGCCCCCUGCCUUAUGAAAGGGAGUGGAGUUAUGUGAAGUGUGACCCAGUUCUAUGUGCCCACCUACAGUCAUGGCCACUCAGCUGUGAAGAGUAGAGCACUGUAGACAGACAGACAGACAGACAGACAGACAGACAGACAGACAGACAGACAGACAUAGACCAUGGACACUUAGUCAAAUAGAAAAACCUUUUUGAAUGGUUUAUUUAUCAUGUUUGAUCUAUUUAUUUAUCAUGUUUGAAGCAUUUACUCAAUGUAACGUACCUUCUAUUUUGCCAGUGAUAUCUUUGCUGGGGGUUCCUUCCUUUCAUAUAGCUACACAAGAACAUUCUGUAUCUGACUCUCCAUAUCUGACUCUCCAUAUUUGACUCUCCAUAUUUGACUAUCCAUAUCUGACUCUCCAUUUCUGACUCUCCAUAUCUGACUCUUCAUAUCUGACUCUCCAUAUCUGACUCUCCAUAUCUGACUCUCCUUUGUCUCUGUUCACUUUUCAGAGGGAAAGAAUUCUGAAUAUUGAAAGAAUAUGCAACUUGCUGCGGAAGGUCAGUAAGUUGCUCCCAGGCAUACACACACACACACAAACACUACACACCUUGUGGGAGAGAGAAUCUACGCAUCUAUUUACAGGACUGAGACGGAUUGAUUCAUAUCUUCCCCUCCUGCCUGUAGGACACACACACACACACACACACACACACACACACACACACACACACACACACACACACACACACACACACACACACACACACACACACACACACACACACACACACACACACACACACACACACACACACACACACUAUAUAAUUACCUGGCUUUCUAUACUGCCACCACUCCCUCAUUUUCUCUGUCAGUGUUAAUGGGCAAGCUGUAGAGCCAAAUAGGGGAGAUUGAAGGAGGGAACACCUGGAGGCCAGCAGGCUUUUAUGAAAAUCAUAACUGAUCCCUGCCACUCUCAUUCCAUAUGAAAAUUGCAGCUUUUUCAAAGCAUUUUGUCCUGAAGUGUUUCUGAUAACGACAGAGUUUGCAUUUGUGUGGUGUGCACCAUAUUUGUCUGUUUCAUUUCUAGCUGGUGGUGCCAGAGUACUCCAUCCAUGGGCUUUUCUGCCUGAUGUUCAUGUGUGCUGGGGAGUGGGUCACCCUGGGCCUAAACAUCCCCCUGCUCUUCUACCAUCUCUGGAGGUACACAACACGACACAAGACGACACAAGACGACACAACACAACACGAACAACACGACACAACACACCAUGAACAACACAACACAACACGAACGACACAACACAACACAACACGAACAACAUGACACAACACAACACAACACAAACAACACGACACAACACGACACAAUACGACACAACACGAACAACAUGACACAACACGACACAACACGACACAAUACGACACAACACGGACAACACGACCCAACACAACGCGACACAACACGACACAACCAACUCCCAGCACUCUCUCAAGCAGGAUGCUUUUUAGUUGUUUCUGUUGUAAGAAUGCUCUCUCACUCUCGUCAGGUUUUUCCAUCGGCCGGCAGAUGGGUCAGAGGUCAUGUAUGACCCUGUCAGUGUGAUGAAUGCAGACAUCCUGAACUACUGUCAGAAGGAGUCCUGGUGUAAACUGGGCUUCUACCUGCUCUCCUUCUUCUACUACCUGUACAGGUGAGGUCAUAUUACAGGUGAGGUCAUAUUAAUCAAGCUAUUUAUUAUCAGUCCGGCCGGUUCAUUGGUGAAUGGUGAUCUGUACUGCACAAUAACUUACUGCACAAUAACUGCUGUCACUCAGACCUAAAGAAAAGAGUGACAGGGGACAUGUUAUUGCUUGGCAACAUCACAUUCCUUCUAACAUUGCUGUCCUUCUUUCCUCUUUUCCGCCUCUCUCUGUCCUUGACAGUAUGGUCUAUGCCUUGGUGAGUUUCUAAACACAGAAUAGAAGACAAAGCAACAAAGAGGAGAUUUAAAGACAGUAAAAGAGAAAGUGCAUGCAAGACUAAGACUGGGUGAUGUCACUCACCCUUCUUUCUCACCACCCAUUACUCCAUCACAGACCAUGUUUUGCUCUCCUCAAAUCUUUGGAUGGAGGGACGAACAUCGGAGGACAUUGUGAGGAAAUUAGGCAAAGCAAAGAGACUUUGUUGAGCCUGCUCAGACACUGCCAAGACAUAUAGAAGAGGAGGAGCAGACAGAGAGGAGCCACUGAAAUAAUGAAGAGAAAGAGAGAACACAUCUUAGCCAGUGUACGGGAUGCCUUGAUCUGACCACAUCACGUCUUAAGGGCUGUGGGUCUCCUCUGCUAUUCUUAGUGAUACUGUCACUCAACUGUGAAUUUAUCAACUUUGUGUUGCCUAAGUCCUAGUGUUGAUGUUGCGGAUUCAUACAUCAAUAUCCUUCCAUCCCAAUAAACCUCAUCAUUUUAGAAAAUAAACACGUAUUUAGUUAUUCUCCUAAUUUGGUUAUUAUUUAUUAGUUCAAUAAUUC